CCUGCGGCCUUUAUCCAACACCGACCGUUGAAUGAAGCCGCAAAAAACAAGAAAUUGGUUUUGCAUGCGAUGUCGUCCUCAAACCAUAAUCCAGACAAAAGUCUGACGACCAUGCUCAUGAACUGUCACCUGGACGAGAGCCAUGUCGAUCCGGCGCCCCAAUCCCAAAUAGAAAUGAACACCAAUGACAGUGUUUCAUCCAUGGACGCCGACGAAAGUAGCAGCGUUAUUUCGGUGUCGUCGAUUGAUUCGUCGAUAGUCAGCUACCUGCACACAUCCCAAUUCAUCUCGUCCUCGGAAGUGUCCCAGGGAGCCAUCACCAUAGAGGAGACCACCACGGACAGCGAAGCUGCCCUGUCCGCCAGCCGUCCUGGUUCCGCCGACGUCGGCAUGAGUGCCAGCUCCUCUUUGAAGCGACACUCCCCAGAUCCCGAGAUCGACGAUCUGCAGAUAAAAAAACUUGCCUUAGGUCCCAGUACAAGUGCUGCCGCCGAAGUCGUGUCCUCAAUGAGGGCUCCAUUGAAGCGAGGGUCCGCGAACCACGAUGGGAAUGGUCCUUCGGUUAAGAAACCUCAUCGCGAUCCGGACGUCGUGGCCACCCCAUCGAAUCGCUCGGUCGUGACACGCAGUGGACGUGCGGUUGUGUUGCGCAAGGACCUGGAGUUCGACUACACCUCCCCGCAGGGCAAGGACGAGGACGAGGACGCGGACGCGGACGAGUCCGACGAUCCGUCGCUGGAGACCAACGACGAGGACGACGCGGACUACCAGCUGGCAACCGCCUUCGAGGAGCCCCUGGGGAGCCAGUGGCCGUGUCGCAAGCGACGCAGCAUUGGGAACAGCAGCAGCAGUGCCUGCAGCACCGACGGCAGCCACUCCUCGCCGGAGUCGCCGGUGCCGCCCAUUAUCUUCCUAGAGUUGGGCCUGCCAGUGGCCAUCGUGUGGCAGGAGCCGCUGGCCGAUCUCGACUUGGAGAGCGAUGGCGAGCUAAAGACUAAGGUGCACAAGUUUCUAGGUCUGGUGGCGCUCCGUCGCAAGCUGUACAAUCCCCAGGAGAACGGCGAUGCAGGAGAACCGGCGGAGAUUGGGAAGGAGGUGGCGAACCUAUCGCUUAGCUGUCUGCUGAUCAAUUCCAUCUGCUCGCCCGCAAAACCAGCCACAACGCCAUCGCCAGCCCAGCGUCUCAAUGCCUCGCCAGCAACCCCGCCCAGCUCCUCCUGGGCAAGCCUGAACCUGUCGCACCUCAACCCGCCCACCCAGAAGGAGCGCCAGACGAAGAUGUUCGACAACUUUGUGCUGCUGGCCAAUGCCAGUUCCUUCGAGGCGGAGACGCCCGAUUUCCUCAAGGAGCCCAUCGAUCUGAGCGAGCUGCCCAGCCAUCGCCAGCGGGCGAUUAUAUGUCGUCGCCACAAGGGCAGCGUUCCCUGUCUCGACAAUCAUCCCGACUUCUACCGAUUCGUGGAGUCGCUCGAUCCGGUCACCUCGAUCAAUUUCUGCCAUCCGCUGGCCCUGGACUAUCGCCAGAAGAACUUCGAGACCUGCAAAGUGGCUCUGGCCAAGCGGCUCUUCAACAUCUUCAAUCACGCCAUCUUCCGCUGCGGCCUGGUGGCGCCAAUCCUGUGGAAGCGCGGCAUUGGCACGCCGUGCAAGGCCGAGCUGGCCAUCGACGCCAACGGCAAGCGGACCGCGCGCAUCCUGCUCUGGGAGAACAUCAGCCACCCGUGCAUGCUCAUCAAGCCGCUGCUACAUGAAAUGAUACACGCGGCGGCCUUUGUUUUCAACCGGGAGACGGGACACGGCGACAGUUGCCGCAGAUGGGCCUACCAGGCCAAGCACGCGAUGCCGGAGCUGCCGGCGAUCGCCGACUGCCAGCCCACGUUCAAGUACACCUGCUCCCUGUGCGCCCGCUGUGCCUACGGCAGGAUCGACUUCCCGAAAGAUCAGCUGCGCUGUCACUACUGCCAGUUUGAGGUGGGCGUCAAGAAGUACUGCCAAGCCGACUUGUUCACCGGAUCGCGACCAGAUCCAACAGUGACUCCGUUCAGGAACUUCGUGCGCGAACAUUACUUGAAGCUGGGCGAGGUGAGUGGCACCACGCACAGCGCCAAAAUGCGGCUGCUUAAUGAGCAGUACUCGAAGAUCAAUCCGACCUGUUGUUAGAGCACCUUUGUUACGUUUGAACUUUUAUAUUUUAUAUUAAUACAUAAUUCCUAUUUUUUAAGACCCCUAACGAAUGCUGGCGGCAAAUGUGACAUACAUAUAUAUUAUUUACUACAAGCUGU